GGGAUAAGAUAUAAGGCCAGACCAGCGUUUUUCAUACGUGUCAACUUGAAGAAUUGUGGACUUCAGUUCCCAGCAUUCCCCAGUCCACACAUCCUCAAGUUGCCCCCAGGAACAGAGGGACUCUUGGCUCCCAUCUGUUCUUGUCUUCUAUCUCCAGAACGUGUUUCACAAGCUUCCCUUCUGCCUUUCAGACCACAUCUAGAGGAUGAGCCGGCAAAAGGGUGAUGUUGCUGGAUAUGCUCCGUCCAAGAUCCUUGGUGGCCUGUUCCUUGCUGUUGCCACCUUGUUUCUUUUCUCAGAACCUGUAUCUCUGAAAGGGAAGCAGCUGGUUUUACUGGGACAGAAAAUCAAAUAUGUUUCCUUGGCUAGCCAGCAUGUCCCUGAACUUUGCGCAUUUACCAUGUGCAUUGAUCUCAACAAGACUGAAGAAAGUGUGGAGAGCGGGACAGCCUUCUCCUACGAUGUCAGCAGCUCCUCCACUGAAAUUAGUGAGGUGGAGUUGGCUCUGUUUGUCCAUAACUCCAGCCUGCAGAUGUUCCUUCUGGGCCUGCACAUCAAUCUGAGAGUGUAUAUUGUGGCCUAUAAGAUGCACCAGAUCUGCUGUGCCUGGGACAGCCAGAAGCAUCUCUUGGAGCUCUUCUGGGAUGGAAGGAAGCUGGUAAACAAAACUCUUCCAGGUGUCCAUCACAUCUGUUUACGCCCUAAUGGGACAUUGGUGAUGGGGCAUUUGCACAAGAACUACAACGGAGGCCUAAUCCUGCAGUCAUCCUUUGUCGGCAUCUUGCACUAUUUCCAGAUGUGGAAUUACGUGAGAGGGCAGCAAGAGAUGGAGCGUUGUGGUGAUGGGAAUGUAGUGAGCUGGCAGGGCAAUUAUUGGUCUCUGAAUGAUGUAAGAACUGAGUCUGCCCUUCACCAGCGUUGUGGUGCAGAGGAACCUACAACUGUCUUUCCACCAAUCACCUCCCCUGAUCCAACUGUUACAGCUACCACAGUCACCUUCUACAGCUUCCAGAUGAACUUUUCCCUGACUUGCGAGCCCUCGAGGACGUGUGACCACUACGAUGCCAGACAGCUUUCUACAAACUGGUUCAAGAAACAAUUAAGUAAUUCCGAAUUUGUGGUGACCAACCAUAACAUCAAGGCAGUUCGGUAAGCAUCUUUUUUUGCUGCCC